ACACAACCUCAUUCCCUCAAACAUCUGUGCUGAUUCAAUCAGGCCAUUCUAUUCCUCGUAUUUUUGCUGCUCCUCCUCCCUCGACGGCGUGAUCCGAAGCAGUCAACAUGUCGUACACCAUCCGCGUGAGAGUGAUCGAGAGCAAGCCCACUGCCUGGUACAGCGUUGUGGAGAAGUGCAACUGGCUCUAUGGCGGCUACUGGACUGAGGUGGACGGCGAGGACUUCCUCCACAUGGACGCCAGCGGGACGUCUGGCAUGCUGCGCUUCAGAAACCCUGCGGGCGAGUUCUUUCUCGUCGCUCUGGGAGUCCACAACUACAAGAGAUGGUGCGACAUCGUUGUGGACCAGAAGAAUACCAACACCGGCGUCGAGAUUCUGCCCACUUACUACAACAACGGGUCUCGCCAGGAGAUGCUGUGGAAGCAACUGGCGACCUAUGAGAAGAAAACGAGCAAGGGCGAGACCAUCAAGGUUAACUACUACAAGGAGGACGGAAACAAUCUGUAUGCCACAAUCACCAUCACUUAAGCGGCACGGACAACGUUUUUGACGAUGGUUUGCUGAUAAUGGUGUUUCAUACGUUCUGGGCAGCAAGCCACGACUGCGUAAGUGUUCGAGCUGAGCUCAAGCUCCAACACAUAUGUGUGAAAUGUGUAAUAUUUCACGGAAGACAGACAGUUCAGUGUUCAUGUUGGGUGUUGCAGUAUGUAGUAGAUACGUUCAAAUGUGUUGAUGAAGAUUAGCGUUGACGUCAGAGAUGUGGCCUUCGCUGAAGGCAGGUCUCUGUACCUGCGGUCCUAAUUAGCUGCUAGUUGCUAAUCAUAUUACAACGAGUAUUUUGUGUGUCUCUUCGAAAGCUGUUCCUCUUAAGCCUAAGAAAGCUUAGAAGUUUUUGUAGAAUGCAUGGUUUCUCGUUGUUGUGUAACCUUGGGAUCUGAUGACGACCAGAGGACUAAGGGUUCGGCAUUUAUCAUAACUGUUUCAUAUUACUAAAUGAAGUAUCAUUGUUUUUCUGGUUGC